AAGCUACAAAUAAGUUCUCUUCUUCAAAGGUUAGGAGUGCAUGCUUCUUGCAUGGUUUGCAGCUGCUGCUGCAUAUCAUUGCACAUUAAUAUACAAUCUCGAAAGUAAACCCCAACUCCGUGGCGAAUCGUUCGUCGAAGAAUGGCCAAUCUCCGCCAGUAAAAAUGCACAAUGAGAAACGAGGGCACAAGACAGAGCAAGUGUUUGCGAGAAGGGUGUGUGAAUUGCUUGGUGAGGACACAAAGCAUCGGGUUCCUCUAGCACAAGUUUUGCCAAUGAUGAUCGAAAAAUCUCAAUUUCUAUCAAAACCGCUGUUGAAGGAGCAAACUAAGCCUCUCAACUUUAGGCUUCACACCGAGCAAAGAGCAGCCAGACGCGCCGGUUUUAAUGAUUUGGUUGCAAGCAAGACAAAUUCCUUGGAGAUCCUUCGAAGGUUCGAAGAGAGGAUUCUUAAGGUUAUAGAGGAAGAAGAGAUUAAGAUUAUGAGGAAGGAGAUGGUUCCAAAGGCCCAAUUAAUGCCCAUAUUUGAUAGGCCAUUCUUUCCACAAAGGUCAAAGAAGCCCCUAACAGUUCCAAGGGAGCCAAGUUUUUUGAAGCUCAAAUGCUGCAUAGGUGGAGAGUUUCAUCGGCAUUUUUGCUACAAUAUGAAAGCUGUGAAAUAGGCCGAUUCGACUACAUUAAUAUAAGAUGUUAAGAAAAUCCCUCUAUCUAGUUUUGUCACCUUUUCUCUUUGUGUCCUCGAUCCUUUUUGCCGGUCUAAUGAUGUUGUAUAUGUUUAAUAUGAUGCUUAAGUGUUUUACGUGGUCGAUCGAGCAAGUGAUGUUGCUUUUUAGAUGAUUAGAGCACUUGUCAAUUUAAUGAACUUGUAAUAAAGCACGUAUUCCGUGCUUGCUUGUAGUUCUCAUAUAUAAUUCAAGGUGCAUGCUAUUUUAAUUCAUAA